GGUUAUGUCGUGGUGCGACGAUAUAUUAACCCACCUGACCCAACAACGAUCCAUAGCAUUCGAUGGUACAUCUCACAGCGCAUCAUGUUGUUCCUCUUACCUUUCCUCUUCCUCCUUGCAGGAGUCCACGGGCAGAGCUUAGGCGAACCGAAGCAGGCUCUUGAGCUAGAGAUCAACAUUGGAACGAUCACAGUCGCUCUUGUUGACCCGGGGACCAACUUGCCCGGGGGAGGUCUAACGACUUCGUCCGUGACGGCAACACCAACAAGCGCGGCGGUUCUGCCGCCAUUCUUCUGCCCCAAUCACACAAUGACCGACAAGCCCCACGCUACGGGUCUAUUUGGCACGCCGGGCACCAUCGGGAUUACUACUGGGUCCAUCCCUUCGAGCAGCACACCUGCGCCUAGUGCCACUGUCACCGCUCCCUCGUUCCCGACUUUAGAUCUUCCUGUUAUUUCGGAGGGUGCUUACAUGGCCAGCGUGGUCUGGUCUACAGCCUCGGUUAUUGUCGGUGGAGCCCUCUUCUUCUUUAUUUGUUUCUAA